AUGUCAAACCGCACCGCGACAUCAAGUAUCGACUCACAGGAAGAUUUGGUGGCUACCUAUUAUCCGUUAACUUUGGUCAUUGUUGGUACCGUAUUAAAUCUUCUAACAUUUAUUAUUCUUUGCCGACCAACUUUUCGUGACACGAAAAAACAACCAAUAAUUCAUUACAUGCGUACAAUAGCCAUUUUUGAUAUUUUCAUGUUGUAUGGGUGGAAUCUUGAUCAUUAUCUUUCCAAUGCUCAUGGAUAUCUGCUACUAACGUAUUCAAUAGCAACAUGCAAGUUUUUUGGAUUUCUUAACUACUUUUCUGGGCAAUCAUCGGCUUGGCUUCGUGUCUUCAUUUGUUUUGAGCGGUAUUUAUCAGUCAGUCGGCUUCACCGUACUUGGUUUAGUCAGCAAAAAAGUGUUCUCAUCAUUAUUACAAGCAUUAUUGUCUUUUUCAUUAUAUUCAAUUUUCAUUUUUUCAUUUUUACUUGCUUUUAUAAACCGAAUGGUUCAAUAAAUCCCAAUUCUCAAUUAUAUAAAAUAUAUCCACUAUGGGAUUAUAUUAAUUUGGGUGUGUAUAACUGUACACCUUUCAUAUUGAUGAUUACAUUGAACAGUGGCGUUAUUUAUCGUUUAAUACAUCGUCGUAAUACAAGCUUAAUUCAAAAUUCACCUAUUCAACAUCGAACAAUAUCGAUUGCUUUGCUUGUCACAACAUUUCUCUUUUUAAUUAUGACGACACCAGCAACAAUUAAUGCUGCAUUCUUCUCCACAACACCACCUGAUACACUGGCAAAAAUAUUAGAUUCCGCUCUCUAUACAUAUCAUAUAGCAUCAUUUCCACUUUAUUUCAUUACAUUUGAUGCAUUCCGACAAGAAUGUAUCAUGAUGAUCACGUGCCAAAAUAAUACUCAAAGAAUUGCACCAUCGCAGAAUACUCCUGGUCCGAUAAAUCUACCGAAUGAAUUCUAA